CAAGGUCUAGUCGUGAACCAGCGACUGCAUUAGUAGCAGUCUCUACCCACCUGCUAAUACAGUCGCAUCUUUUGUUUGUACUUUGUCGUGUGACUUGUCAACGGCAUUGCACUUGCCGCUAAAAGUUUUUUCGUUGACAGUAGGCACAUUUCCUUUUAGUCAGUUUGGGGCAGUGCGGAUCGACGGACAUUGGCAUUUACCGUCGCCUUGUCAUUGAGUUGAUAGCCUUUUUUUUUUAAUCGAGAAACUCAAUUUCCUACACAUGAAUCUCAAGAAGAAACCAGGAUUAGAUUUGUCCGGCAGUUUUAUUUCCCUUUUGUGGAGAUGGCGCGGCUCUUUGUACAAAUUGUGUUACAAGGAACUAAUCUGCUUCCUUGUUCCCUUUGGUAUUGUCAGCGUAAUUUACCGUCAGGCACUCAACAGUGAACAGAAAAGUCUAUUUGAACAGGUGGUCAGGUAUUGUGACAGAUACCUGAAUAUGAUUCCCCUUUCGUUUAUCCUGGGUUUUUACGUCACCAUCAUAGCGACCCGUUGGUGGCAACAAUGCAUGGCAUUACCAUGGCCAGACAGAUUAAUGUUGACGAUCGCCAUGUAUAUUCCGGGCUGUGACAAAGAAUCCAAACUGCUGCGAAAAACCCUAAUGCAAAACUGCAAUCUUAUGGCCGUUCUCGUUUUCCGCUCUAUUUCGGAGUCGGUUAGAACUCGUCUGAAAUCUUUGGAGGAUGUUGUCAAUGCAGGUUUCAUGACCUACGCAGAAAUGGAAACUUUCAAGGCAGUCGAAGCCGAUGUGAAUUUGUAUUGGCUACCAGGACUCUGGUUUUCUCAUAGACUUCGGGAAGCUCAAGCUCGAGGUCGUAUUAUCGAUUCGUACGGAGCUCAGCUUAUCAUGAAAGAACUGUUGGAAUUCCGAUCCAAAUGCGGCAUUUUGUGGAGCUACGACUGGGUCUCGAUUCCAUUAGUUUACACUCAGGUGGUCACCUUGUCUACGUACUCAUUUGUCAUAGCCUGUAUUUUUGGCCGCCAGUACACAGACAACGGGAGCACGGAUAUUUCAAUCGACGUUUACUUUCCAUUAUGGACUGUGCUACAGAUUCUUUUCUACAUGGGACUUCUAAAAGUCGCUGAGCAUAUGAUCAAUCCCUACGGUGAAGACGACGAAGACUUUGAUUUAAGUUACCUUCUUAACAGGCAUUCCGAGGUCAUCAAUCUAGGGACGAACAUCUUAACUAGCGACAGGUGCCCACCAAUGGAAGACGAGAAUCUCCGCGGUGCUCCUGGUAUGCACACUCCCAAAAAUCUAGACAGGACAUCGCUGAAGCACAGAUUCUCGCAAACGUUGACUGGGCUCUAUUCAACAGGUAAAGAGAGAAAGAGAUCGCGAGCGGAAAGCAUCACGACAAUUUCGGAGAACGUGGAAACCAAUACAGUCUCAUCGGUCGACUUGAAGCGACUUCCGGAUGAGACCGAAUGGCCAUGCGAAGGCGUUUACAUGGAAAGAAUUUAGAAGACUCCAUCGACCAAAAAUCAAUCGAAUGUCUAUUAGGAGUUUUCAGGAUCCAGCGCUUCAUGUUUUUAAUAUUUGAAAUUAGACUUGAACUAAUUAGAACUAGUAUUUGAAACUAAGAAUCACCCCGACUAGCCACUUUUCUGAAUAAAACUAAGAAUAACCCCAACUGCCCAUUUAAAAACAACUUACAAUUGCAUGUCAAAAGCGCAUUAUCCUUUGAGAGCCACAAUGCUCGGUUCCCUACUAGAUACACUACUCACUAACAAUUUGUUAGUUUGUACAACUAAAUUGUGCCUUUCUGAUCAAUAUAUCAUACCUUUUCUUUUUCA